GUGUUUUUACGUGAUUGUGUCUCUUCUCUUGCCUUGUUAAUUUUUUAAAUUUUUUUUUCUAGGUGUGGUGUGGCGUACCAGGUGCCAAGUUUUAAUGAUUUUACGUAUUUUUUUUAAAAGACGAAAGGAUUAAUGAAGAAGAAUUUUAGUGAAGGAAGGGGAGGAAAAAAAUGGAACAGUUUGGAACAAACUGAGAUCUUCCCCCGCACAGCUUGGGCCAUGGCUGAGACAGACCUAUUCAGCACCGUUUUCACCAUCAGUUGUCUUCUGGGGUUGUAAAAGCGCUCCCUGAAAGCUUCCCUCCAGAUCUCUCCAUUACCCUACCCUGUGCUACUUGGAAAUGGUUGCCACAGAAAAGAUUUAAUGAAAUUCCUGUCAAUUCCCAACCACCGAGUGCAUACUAAGCCCGUGGAAAGGCCUGGGGGCUCAGGAGAAAGGAACAAGUAGGAAGAGGACAAAAACACACAAUCUGCGGAACCUUCCCCUCCCACCCCCCUUGCAAAGAAAGGAUUUACAGCUCAACCUUGCGCCAGCUGUUCUUCGGCUUUAACAGUCAAGAGAGAAAUAAAUAAAAUUAAACGGCCACCACCAGCCAGCCAGUCCCGGAUCCUGGUGAAAUCAGGGAGAGUGUUUCUGUGACCCCCUUCAGCGAGAGGGAGGAGGCAGUGGCAGGGGCAGUGGCACAGCAGUGCUGUGAGGAAGCUGGGCAGAUUGCUUGCAAGACAACCCCCUCCUCCCGUGAAGCAACCGGAGGGGGCUGCAGCAUAUCAGAGGGCAGGCUAAAAAGGAGAAGUGGCUUCCUCAAGACUCCAGGAGUGGCUUUUUUGCAAGAAGUUUACCAAUAUCUUGCUCUUUCCCAGGGUGCUUGCUGAGUGGGAAGGUGCGCUCAGCUCCUCACCUUGCACAUCGUGCUCAUCCCCUUGCCUGAGCCUGGAAGGCUUCCCUUUCCCUUGGAUCCUGGUUGCCAGUGUCAGCCGUGUGGGGACCUCCUUUCUGCAGGCUGUUGCCCGACAGAGGGAAGCUUGCAAGGGCUCUCGGCAUUCCUGCCCUAGCGGCUGUUCAAAUCCAAAUCCAGUUCUCGGUUCUGAAUUUUUAAUGUUUUUAAACCUCCUUCCCUGUGCCCACAAACUCUUGCAGGGCAGAGCAUAGCAGGGACUCCUCUCCCGGGCCUCGCACUCCAGAGACCGCCGUGGACUUCUCCGGACUGUCCACUCCGGUCAGAGCUCGCCCUGGGAGCAAGCGCAGAGACUGGGUAGCGGUUUGCCCCCGUCCCUCUCCCCUCCCCUUCUCGUCUUGCUCUGACUCCCGCUGGGCCUGGGCUAUGCUGCGGGGCGGAUCCCCCACCACAGCUCCAACAUGCCAGCAGCAUCUGGAAAGAGAUUCAAACCCAGCAAAUACGUCCCGGUCUCAGCUGCUGCCAUCUUCCUAGUGGGAGCCACCACCCUCUUCUUUGCCUUCACGUGCCCAGGGCUCAGUCUGUACGUCUCCCCAGUCAUUCCUGUCUACAAUGCUGUUGUCUUCCUCUUCGUGCUGGCCAACUUCAGUAUGGCCACCUUCAUGGACCCAGGCAUAUUCCCGCGAGCUGAGGAGGACGAGGACAAGGAGGACGACUUCCGAGCUCCGCUUUACAAGACAGUGGAGAUCAAGGGCAUUCAGGUGCGCAUGAAAUGGUGUGCGACCUGCCGCUUCUACCGGCCGCCACGCUGCUCCCACUGCAGCGUCUGUGACAACUGUGUGGAGGAGUUUGACCAUCACUGCCCCUGGGUCAACAACUGCAUCGGGCGGCGCAAUUACCGUUACUUCUUCCUCUUCUUGCUGUCGCUCACCACGCACAUCAUGGGAGUGUUUGGCUUCGGCCUUCUGUAUGUCCUCUACCAGGUGGAGGAGCUCUCCGGCGUCCGCAUGGCGGUCACCAUGGUGGUGAUGUGUGUGGCCGGCUUAUUCUUCAUUCCCGUCGCUGGCCUUACGGGGUUCCAUGUGGUGCUUGUGGCAAGGGGCCGUACUACCAACGAACAGGUGACGGGCAAGUUCCGCGGUGGUGUCAACCCCUUCACCAAUGGUUGCUGUAAAAACGUCAGCCGGGUCCUCUGCAGCUCCCCGGCCCCCAGGUACCUUGGGCGCCCAAAGGCUGAGCAGACAGUGCUGGUGAGACCCCCCUUCUUGCGGCCCGAGGUGUCGGAUGGUCAGGUCACUGUCAAGAUCAUGGACAACGGUAUCCAGACAGAGCUGAAGAGGACGAAGGUGAGGAAGGUGGGGAUUAGCGCUCCCUGCGUUGGGGCCCUCCAUGGAGCCCAGGGGUGCAAGCCUGCAUCCUCCAAAGGAAGCCUGGAGGUGACGGAGAGCCAGUCUGCUGACGCCGAACCGCCACCCCCACCUAAGCCAGACCUCAGCCGCUACACGGGCCUGAGGACACACUUAACCCUGGCCACCAACGAGGACAGCAGCUUGCUAGGCAAGGACAGCCCCCCGACUCCCACCAUGUACAAGUACCGGCCCGGCUACAGCAGCAGCAGCAGCUCAGCGGCCUUGCCCCACUCCACCAGCGCCAAGCUGAGCCGAGUGAACAGCCUGAAGGAGCCCAACUCCAUCUGUGAGAGCAGCCGCAAGCCUAGCUACCGCUCGGAGCCAAGCCUGGAGCCCGAGAGCUUCCGCUCGCCCACCUUCGGCAAGAGCUUUCACUUUGACCCUCUCUCCAGCGGCUCCCGCUCCUCCAGCCUCAAGUCGGCCCAGGGCACAGGCUUUGAGAUGGGCCACCUCCAGUCCAUCCGCUCGGAAGGCACCACCUCCACCUCCUACAAGAGCCUGGUGAACCAGACGCGCAACGGCAGCCUGUCGUACGACAGCCUGCUCACGCCCUCCGACAGCCCUGACUUCGAGUCGGUGCAGGCGGGCCCAGAGCCCGACCCGCCAGUGGGUUACACCUCACCCUUCCUCUCGGCCCGCAUCGCCCAGCAGAGAGAGACCGACCUGCAUGGCCGCUUUGCCGGUGCCGUCUCCCCCAAGCACGCACCGCCCCGUGAGCCCUCGCCCGUGCGCUAUGACAAUCUCUCCCGCCACAUUGUGGCCUCCAUUCAGGAGCGGGAGAAGCUGCUGCAGCAGCCGCCGGCCCCGGGCAGGGAGGAGGACGUGGGGCUGGCAGACUCGGGCAUCCAGUCAACGCCGGGCUCCAGCAACGCCCCCCGCACCAGCUCUUCCUCGGACGAUUCGAAGCGCUCGCCCCUGGGCAAGAACCCACUCACCCGCCCGGCCCCACCACGCUUCGGCAAGCCUGAGCCCCUCCAGGCGCUCCGGGUGCGCUCCCUGGGCUCACCCGACCAGCCUGCCGCCCCCCACCUGGGCAAAUCCGUGUCUUACAGCAGCCAAAAACCAGCGUCUCAGGCCAGUGUCCCCGAGAUGGAGGAGGUGGCCUUGCAACCCUUACUGGCACCAAAGGACGAGGUGCAGAUGAGAACAGCCUACAGCAAGUCCAAUGGGCAGCCCAAGAGCCUGGGCUCAGCCCCCCCAGGCCCGGGGCAGGUGCCCCUCAGCAGCCCCACCCGUGGAGGAGUCAAGAAGGUCUCUGGCGUGGGGGGGACCACCUAUGAGAUCUCAGUAUGAGGGGCAGAGCCGCUCGCCCCCUCACCACCUCCCCGGCUGGCAGCCGCUGGCCCCAGAGGGGCAUUCUGUGGCCGGACGCUCUGCGGACUCCAGGGAGAGCCGGACCGGGGGGAGACGGGCCAGCGGCCCCCACUGCUUUUCUCUUUCUCCACCCCUCCCCGGGACUUGGGGGGCUGACACACACCCAAGCGGGGCUGCUCUUCCUCCGCCUGCCGAGGACUGCUGCCAGCAGCCACCCCAGCCAGGCACGGGGGGUUCGGGGGCCGAAUCCUGCAGCCUCCUGCCCUGGCGCCAUCUCGGCUGGGCCAGCCACUUGUGGGCCUUGUGCAAUCAAUCGCUCGCCUAGCGUGGUAGGAAUGGAUUGUUUUUAAACCAGAAUACUUUUUUUUAUUAUUAUUGUUACGGAUUCUAUUUUUUUUCUCUU